AUGCUUCGAGAUGAUAUCGAUCAUGGAACAGUUAAGGCAUUGAUCGUGUCGAAACUGGCCUUCAGAAGACUUGUCUACGAGCGGAGUACCAUUUCCGAUGGCUUACCACAGGGCGGUCGCACGCCAUCCAAGCAGGAGUUUCUAGGCGAAAUCGAGCACAACCGAUCCGUCUUGCACAACUUUUUGCGUGUCGAAUUGAAGGCGCUACCAGUGGCAAACGUAAAAAGCAAAGUUUAUAGUCAAAAUAGCAAUGCUUAUAUUCUAGCAACCGAAAGUGGAGACUGCAAGUGGAUGGAUCUUCAACACAUUGGAGGACAUAAUCGGCGGAGAAAUUGAGGACGCGGUCAACAGAGUUUUCGAUGCGAUCACUGAGCGAGGCCUCCGCGACACAACUGCUCUAGAAGCGGAUAUAUCCGAUGCUCUGAACAGUCUUGUCUCACGGAGAGCCAUCGAUUGCUUCGUAAAAGAGAUUGUUAGUCUGGUGAGCAGCAGUAUGACGUUCCUCGAAUGGUGCGGGUCCGUCCGUUAUCGGUCUGUUACCGAUUUUGGAGGGGAAGCGACUAACGACGGUGAGCAAGGAAUACAGCUGAUACCAUGUGAAUCGAACAGUUACAGGGGACAUCGUGAUAGUAGAUGAUAGCGUCGAAGAUCCGCCAAGUCGGCCAGAGAGACCUCAUCUCCAUCGACGUCCCGUCUUCAAUCCAUUUUUUAGUGAGUUAGCUACCUAUUCCUACAGUCUAACUGAAUUAUGUGAUUUUCAGAUACUGGCCUUCGCAAUCCAUUUGUGAAUCACGUGAGUUACCCGAACAUUAGCGCCAUGAUCAACGUGAGUCUGUCGUUGUAGCGAGCUUCUUCUUCGGACACGGAUCAGGACGAUGACAACAUCUACUUUCAGGCUCCGCUUUAUCUCGGUCCGCCAGUCAACCCGUUUCUCCCACCUCGCCAAGCACAGAGUAAUCGAUACAUUUGAGGGAAAGCGAAUUAUACAUUAUUCCACUUUCAGAUAUUCCAUCUCCCGGCGUUUUCUGGGCUGAUUUGACUCGACCUGCUCCUGGACCGAACAGAUCGAACAACGUGGAUGUCGUUGACCUUUCUGACGAUGAGGAUGGCGAAUCUGGCGAAUCAGAAGAAUACGACGGAGUCGAAGUAGAAGCUGACGACGUUCAAGUGCUCAAUCCGAAUGGAGCCAUCACACUCGAUGAAACCAUGGAGUCGGAGCCAUCAGAGUCAUCCAGCAACCGAAGAGGAAGGAAAAGGAAGAGUGAAGAAAACCAACUCGAAAGAGCGAUAAGAUCAGAUCGAGCUGCUGCUAUACCGGAUGGAUUUUGCGAGGAUCUUCAGGAUUUGAUGGCGAAAUACAAUAUUCAUACGGAUUCGGCGAUGGAAAUUAUAUCUGCUGCAACGCAGGAGAUCGUCGAGAGAAAGCCAUCACCACCGAAGAGAGCUGCUGGCGGAAGACCGUAAGUUCGCUUUUAGCUGAAUCUUCAUUCGUCGAAAAUUGUUGCAGUGCUUCUAGUUUUCUGUCGACUGAUGAGACUCCGCAGAAAUCAGCUUUUUCUAAAUGUAUGCUUAUUUUUAUUAAAGUUGACAAUAUGAUAAAUUUCAGACAUCGCGAAACACGGGCUCGGUCCAUAG